GAAGCCAGACGACAACAAGGAGCGCACGGGACAUCAUAUACAGACAUCAUUGUGCUAAAGGAGCUUCAGCUGAGCACGCACAGAAUGAGCGAAGACCAGUUCAGAGGGACUAAAGCCUACAGACUCCUGCACAGCUUCCCUCACCGUAAACAACAUCAAAGGAACUCCCUCAUCCCAGUCUUUUUCAAAUUCCAUGCAGUAUGCUCAUAACAUCAACUUGAGCGUUUGGUGGAACUGCUCAAGCACCCCCUGCGAUUCAGGAUGAUAUGCGCUCAAAUGAACAUGAGUGACGUCAAGCUGUUUAAGAACCUGAGCAAAGAUUGACUGAAUCUCUACCAUGCCUGUGGCCUCCACCAGGACAGUGCCUCAGGGGUUGGACGCUAUGAGUGACAGCACCACCAGCUCCACCACAGCCAACGACCUGGACCUCAUCUACCUAAAAGGCAUCAUGGAAAGCCCUGUGGAGCAGGAGGAGAGCCUGAAGGAGUCACGGCUGUCACCAGUGAGGGAGAACAAUGUGGAGCUCCUGCAGGAAAUCCUCAGAGACCUGGACCCCUUUACACACCGCUCCAACACUGCAGCUGAGCUCUCCCAAAUACUCACACAGCCUCACUUUCAGUCUCUCCUGGAGACUCACGAUUCAGUGGCAUCCCAGGCGUGUGAUAGCACCCCCCCCAGCCCAUGUGAUUUUGUGGAUAAUGAGCAAGAGGAUGGUCACAAACCCAACCUGUGCCCACCACCUGACGCAAUCCGCAUGGUGGGCAUACGCAAAGGGGCGGGGGAGCAUCUGGGUGUGACAUUCAAGGUGGAGGGUGGUGAGCUGACUAUAGCCCGCAUACUCCAUGGAGGGAUGAUAGACCAGCAAGGACUGCUGCAUGUUGGAGAUAUCAUCAAAGAGGUGAAUGGACGAGAGGUGGGCCAGGACCCUAAGUUGCUGCAGGAGGAGCUGCAGGCUACCAGUGGAAGUGUAGUUCUGAAGAUACUUCCCAGUUACCAUGAAGCCAUACCUCCAAGACAGGUAUUCUUCAAGUGUCACUAUGACUAUGACCCAGCUAAUGACAAUCUGAUUCCCUGUAAGGAGGCGGGCUUAAGGUUUGAGACAGGAGACAUCCUGCAGAUAGUCAACCAGGAUGACGUCAACUGGUGGCAGGCCCGUCAUGUGGAGGGUGGAAGCGCGGGGCUGAUCCCCAGCCAGAUGCUGGAGGAGAAAAGGAAAGCGUUUGUCAAGAAAGAUGUUGAACUGGCUCCUGCAGGAAAUCUUUGUACUGGUGUAGGUGGGAAGAAGAAAAAGAAAAUGAUGUAUGUGACCACCAAAAAUGCAGAGUUUGACAGACAUGAGAUACUGCUCUACGAGGAGGUGGCAAAGGUCCCACCUUUCAAGAGAAAAACUCUGAUUUUGAUUGGUGCCCAGGGUGUGGGGCGGAGGAGACUGAAGAACAAGCUUUUACUGAGGGAUCCACUUCUCUUUGGCACCACCAUUCCAUACACCUCCAGAAAGCCCAAAAAGGGCGAUCGUGAGAGUCGGAUGUAUGCCUUCACUAGCCGCAGCAAAAUGGAGACUGACAUCAAGAAUGGGCGCUAUCUUGAACAUGGAGAGUAUGACGGCAACCUGUACGGUAUCAAGAUCGACUCCAUACAUGAGGUGGUGGAGGCUGGACGCAUCUGCAUACUAGACGCCAACCCUCAGUCUCUCAAAGUGCUGAGGACCUCUGAGUUCCUGCCCUAUGUGGUGUUCCUUCAGUCUCCAGACUUCGAGGUGCUCAAGGCAAUGAACCACUCUGCUGUAGAGGCGGGGGUGGUUGAUAAGACACUGAUGGAUGAAGAGCUGCAGAGGACAUGUGACGAGAGCGCUAAAAUCCAGGCGGCCUACGAUCACUACUUCGACCUGUGCAUCAUCAAUGACAACCAGGAUGAGACCUACCGCACUGUCAAGGCAGCACUUGAAACAGUUUCUAAAAAUCCCCAGUGGGUUCCUGUCACAUGGGUUUUCUAGAAAGAGGCAAUGGAUGUAACACAAGUAAAAAGAAAGAGAGCAAUGACACAGAAAAUAUGCCACUGUAUACAUGAUGGAAGUUCUCACUUAGAAUCCCGCAAGAGAUCAAAUCUGACACAGUAAAUGCUUCACGGGAUGAAUUAGCAACAAGUCAGGAAAGACAGAAUAGAAGAAAACAAGUAAGAGAAGAGAAAGGAAGGUGGGAAAGAUUAAAGUCCUCAAUGUCAGGAAUUCAAAGAUUUUACUUGGGCACAUCAAGAGAUGUGUGUGUGUGUGUGUGUGUGUGUGUGUGUGUGUGUGUGUGUGUGUGUGUGUGUGUGUUCGACAUAGAUCUUUUCUGGCAUAAAGACAGACCAUGUCAGGACCAGUAUGCCUCUCCCAGAGCUUGAGCUUGCAGCUCAUUUGUCCUCAAGUGUGCCAAGUGGUUAAUUUUGUGUCAUCUGGCAGAAUUUCACUGGCUGUACAGCUAUCAAAUUAUGGACUAGGGGUGUCAUGAUUCUCCAAAUCCUUGAUUCAACUACAUUUUCGAUUCUAAGGUCAUGAUUGGAUUCGAUUCUCGAUUUUUACAUUUAUUUUUUCUAAAGCACAGGUUGCUAUGCCAUUUUAGACUAGAAUUUAUGCAAUAUAAUAUCUGAGCAUUGUUCGCAAUGUACUACACUACAUUGUCAAAUUUAAAACAUUUAUUAACAUUAUGUAACAAUAACUUAUAUCUGCAGUCAAUUGGAAACUUAAACAAAAUAACCUGCCAUCUAGUUUCAGCAGGGCUUGCAAACUGUAGCUCUUUUGUCAACAACAUGAACGUUGUCAACAUAACUCACUGGAAAUCCAAAAUACUUCCACACCUGCGACUUCAGUGAAAGAGGAGGGGGUUCAAGUUUUGUCUAUGGGUCUCCUGCAUCUGCAUUUGCCACUGUUGUAAGAGUGGCGUAGCCCCUUUCAGGAAUAGGGCGGUGCGUGAGGUGUGUGUGUGUGUAAGGUGCGUAACGUGUGAGUGGGUAAGUGAGAAUUAGGAAGCGUGCGUACGUGUGGACAGUGAAUGAAUGGGAGAUAAGGAGAAGCGAAAGUAGUAGCAGUCGUAGCAACAGCAAUUAAGUGUACAAUAUAGUUUGCAGUUUGGCUGUGAAUAAAGGCGACGGCUCCUCCAGAUACAGCAAAGCUCCCUGGUAUCAUUUUCCAACCAGCUUAACAUGUGGAAGUGGUUCACCCUGACAGUAAACACAAACUAUGGCCCUGGAAGAAAUCAUCUCUCCUGUGCUUCCUGACCACGGAGCCAAACAGGAAUGGUGUAACACCAUGCUAUCGUUUGGCUAAUAGACUAAGUUAGAGGAGGUUGACUUGCAGCACUUCAACACUUACCGCGAGUGUUUGUUUCCGCUCAACAAGCCGACCAGACGUGACAUGGGGGUGUGGCAGCAUCGACGAUCCCAUUUUUUAGUUCCAAGCUUGAGAUUGUGACUUAAUUUCGAUCGAUUUCGAUUUAAAAUCUAAAUCGUGACACCCUUAUUAUGGACUGUACUUCCUUAAUUUGUAUGCCUGCCUGGUCAAAGAAUACAGAAGUUGGCUGAGAUGACAGAGCUGCCAAUCUCUCUUCUAUCUGAUUAAAUAUGGAAGAGCCAAAACCAAGCACUGCCUAACUUGCAGUAUGUCACUCAAAGGCAGCAAAAGGCAUUAUAAUUGUUUUUUCUACCUUUUGAGCUGAAGGGAAUACAACAGUCCUUUAUCUCUGUUUUCUCUGGUCACAAACAACCAAUUUCUAACAUGUUUGCAGUGCUUUACUGCACAGCACAUGUCUGAAAUACUUCUACAGAGGUUAGGUUAGGUUAGGUUACAGUUUGUUUAAACUGAGGGACAGGUUAGGCAUUUAUUUGUGAUGGCUAAUGUUAGGUACAGGGGCUGGGGAAUGAGUAAUGUCAAUGAGGCAAUGACAGAAGGGUUAUAAAUGUGUGUGUGCGUGUGUGUUUGCGUGUGUGUGCAAGUAUUUGUGUCCCUGUCUGUGCAUGGAUUUUUAGAGCUUUUUAGACUUUUGUAUAUUUUUAGAUAAUUGUGCCAUUACUGAUCAUCAGCAGACUUUCACUGUUUACAUUUACACUAAUCUGCAAACUAAAAGCAAAAGCCCAUCAUAACUUUAAAUGAAACCAAACAGAUAUCUUAAAACUGCCUAUUUAUAUGUCAUGUAGAUUAAAAACCAAGUCUUCUGUUUACAGUAACAUAAAAUGCGAAGGGCAACCAGUUAUUGACAUUAAUUAAUUUUGUUAUGAUGGAUUAUUUGACUAAAACAUGGAAAAGCACAAUAAUGCAGAAGCAACAGAUGUUCUCAUGCCAACUUAUUUUUAGUGGAGAAUACAUUUGAUAAAUUGCAUGAGAUUGAGUGCCAACAACAACAAGCCAACCUCAAGCCAACCGGUACACUGGUCUUAUUUUAAAGUAGUUUCACACACACACUCACAGGCACUCCAAGAACACAAAGAAUUACACAGGUAUUGAAGAGAAAGAAAACUGUACAAUAUGCACAUUCAUGUAAUAUAACCUUCCAUCUUAGUAAGACAAAGAAAAAGCCACCCCCAGAACCACUUUUGGAGUCCACUGCAGAAUUGGUUGUAUGCAUGUACUGUCAUCAAAUCUAACAACCAGGCCACAAAAUUAGCAAUGUCAUUUCUUAAAGGGAUAGUUUGUGUUUUUUGAAGUGGGGUCAUAUAAAGUACAUAUCUAUAGUCAGUCUGUUCCCUACCGUAAUCACUGAUCAGCGCAGCCUCAGUAUUAGGUGGUUUAUUUUGCUU